AGGAGCAGCAAAAGAUGGCGUGCGGGCAGUGAGCACCCGAAGCAAAGCCCACCAACCCAUCGUUUUCAUGAAUUAUCAUUAUUUUUCAUUUCCAAAAUCAAAACCACCAAAAACAAAAUGAACGAAAAUUCCAACAAAGCCGAAGCUGAACGCUUGCUUGGAAUCGCCGAGAAGCUCCUCCAGUCCCGCGAUUUCAACGGUACAAGAGACUUCGCCGUUUUGGCCCAAGAAACGGAGUCUCUCCUCGACGGCUCAGAUCAGAUCUUGGCCGUGGCCGACGUUCUAUUGUCCGCCGAGAAACGCAUUAACAACCACAACGAUUGGUACGCGAUCUUGCAAAUCGACCGCCGCUCUGACGACCAGGAGCUCUUAAAGAAGCAGUACCGCCGGCUCGCAUUGCUCCUCCAUCCAGACAAGAACAAGUUCCCCUUCGCAGAUCAAGCGUUUAAGCUCGUCGCAGACGCUUGGGCUGUUCUGUCGGAUCCCGCUAAAAAAUCACUAUACGACAACGAGUUGAACUUGUUCUCGAGGAUUGAUUUGUCGAAUUCAGAAAAACUGCCUGUUCGAAGGAGCCCGCGACCGGCCGCGAAGAAACAUGCCGGUGAGAGUGUUAAAACCAGCAUUAGUAAUAGCUCCGAGGAUCGGAGUCAGAAGAUGAAGCUAUCGUCGUUUUGGACUGCUUGUCCAUACUGUUAUAUUUUAUACGAGUAUCCUCGGGUUUACCAGGAUUGCUGUUUGAGGUGCCAAAAUUGCCAGAGAGCGUUUCACGCGGUGUUGAUACCUUCGCUGCCGCCUUUGGUACCGGGGAGGGACGCGUAUUACUGCUGCUGGGGUUUUUUCCCUUUGGGCUUUACGUUUGGGAGUUCAGAGAGCGGAGGAAAAAACACUGGGACUGGGUCUGGGUCGGGACAAGUGUUCCCAAACUGGAUGCCGCCAAUUUUCUCCACGGGGCAGCAAGUUGGUGACCAAAACGGGGGCACCUCCACGGCAAAUACCCCGCUGGUGUUUGCCACGGGGCAGCAAGUGAGUGAUAAAAAUGGUAAUGCGAGUGUAGGUGCAGCACCUGCUAGGACAGGGAUGGCAAGGGGUGGUGGAAAUGUGCAUGUUUCAGCUGGGAGUGCCUCGGGAUUUUUAAAAAGGAAGAGGGGAAGGCCAAGAAAAUAUCCCCUACCAGGUGUUUAGUCUGAUAAGAACUGCAAUUCAAUGAAAAGAGACGGAUGAGAAGGUGGAGGAUGUUUUAUCCCCGCGUUCAUAGAGAUAUAGAACCCUCAAGGAAGAGGGUUCCACAGCUGCACAAUUUGGGAAGUCCAUAGGUAUUUGACUUGUAGUUGUUAUUGUUGCUUUUCUUUUUUCUUAAUUAUUGUUGUUUGUAGAUUUUAGAUGCCUUUUCUGGUGAAUGACUUGUUAAUUUAAGGUCAUGUGUUGUAAUGUCAUUUUACCAUGUUCUCACCGUUAAUUGGAGAAUUGUGUUUGAUUGAA